GAGUAAGCCAAGUGAAGAAAAAAAAAAAACGAGGUUCGAUUUUGAUGAAGACGACGAUCUUCAUGCCCUGAAACCGAAAAUUUUCAUCAUCAAGAACGAAGCUUUUCAGACGGCACAAGUAGUAGUGGUUCAAUGGAGUUAGCGGACAGAGCUGUUGGGCUGCUUUUGACAUUGACUAGUUUGUCCAUUUUCACAUACUAUACCUUCUGGGUCAUCAUUCUGCCUUUAGUUGACAGUGAUCAUUUCGUGCACAAGUAUUUUCUACCACAAGAAUACGCAAUUCUUAUUCCUGUAUAUGCUGGAGUGGCACUCAUCUGCUUAUUGAGCGUGUUUAUUGGAUAUAUUAUGCUCAAGUCCAAGAAGAAGAAGGCAUGAUAUGGCCAUGUCAAAUCCAUUUUUGUUCUCUACUAAUCUCAUGAUAACUGAUGAUCUCUUGUGUUUUUAACUCUUUUCAUUUUGAACAGAAGUGUCAUAGAUCACAUAGAUGACUCUCUAUUCGUGGGUUCACUAUGAUUUGGAACCUCUAGAUAUGAUUUUUAGUUAUACAGACAUUAAACAACACAUGGUCGAUUGUUCUCUUGUUAUUUGCUGAUGGAGUGUAAGAAAACUUUCUGGUGGAUGACUAAUAUGUUGGAUUGUCAACAGUUACCACAAGAAAGUUGCCACUUAUAGUUGGUGAAGUUUGAUUAGCAGUUUAUUAUCAGUGUAAUCUUUUAUCUUUUC